UGUAAUUUUAUGUUAAAUUCAUAAUUCGUGCAAUAUUUUAUUAAAAACCAAGAAGACAAAGUGAUAUUGAUCCAUACACAUACAUAAAACAAGUUGAAAAACAUUAUCAGAGAAUGUUUUGCUUUGCUUGAGUUUUCGAAUCGGCAUUGUUUACCUUGACCUAUAAACAAUAUUUGACCCUGCAAUAUGCACUCGGACCACGACGACGCAGUAACCCCCAAGAAAAAACACGAUAAAGCAGACAUAUCACCAGAUGUUUCAGUUAGAAUCGAAAAUUCUGAUCCUGGAAGUGAUAAAAAAGCUGAUAAAGACGCCAAGCCACGUAUUGUGUUGACGUUUCGGUCUGAGAAGUCUGGAGCGAAAAAUAGCAACAUGAAAAUCGUUUCAACAGAAGAAAAACAUGAAGAGGUCUCACCAAGGCGAUCAAAUAGAAAUCGUAGCACAAAAUGGGAAUCUGAUGAGGAUAAUGAAACUUUAAGUAGUGCUAAGAAAAGCCUAAAUGUUAGUCAGUCAGUAUCAGAGAAUGAUGAAGCUUCAGAUAGUUCAUUGGCAACACCAAAGCGGUCAACAAGGCGUCGCAGCAAAGAGUUUUCAGAAAAUGUACUGGCUAAUGCUAUAGCCAGAAAAGAAAAGUCGUAUAACGAAACUCUUCCAGGUCCCACACAAAGAUUGUCAAGAAGAAUUAAACCUACUGCUAAGAUAUUAGCCAACGAGGAACUGAGAAUGGGCCUUGAGUCCCAAAACAAUGCACGACUUGGGUUACAACCAGAGAAGACUACUGAAGAGGGUGUCAGAACUAGGAGGUCUGUUCAUUCAAAGAAUUAUGAUGCAGAGAGUACAGUGGUUGAUAAGAAAGCAGUAAAACGUCAUAAGCCUUCCGAAGAUAUAAAACAAGACAAGUCAGAAGGUGGGGAGAAUUCAUCAUCAGAUUCAAAAGUUAAACAUUUGUGUAAACUUGGUCUAAAGGCCAUCAACAGUACCCCUGAUGAAGAUCAGGUUCAAGGAUCAAGCAACAGAGAUGGAGAUGAUGAAGAAAAUGAAGCAGAAGCCAUUGAAGAAGAUGAGGAAAUUGAUGAUGAAUCAGAGGUGAUCAGCAAGUUACUGGAGGCUGAUGAAGAUAGCAGUGAUGAAGAUUUCUUAUAUCCAGCUGGUGGGAAUCCUACAGAACGGCCCAGACGAUCCACUAGACUCUGUUCAUCAUAUGGCAAUGAGAGUGAUCAGUCAUCAAUGUCUAUGGGGGAUGAUGAGAAUAAGGUGCCACCGCGUCGAUCGUCUAGACUCAGAUAUAGUUGCAGUGAUUUUUAUGAUCGUGAUGCAGCCGGUCCAGAGGAGGGUGAAGAAGCAGCAUAUCCACCAGAAGAAUAUCCAGUAGUUGCAUCCUGCAAUUGUGAGGCUUCCAGCAAUAUGUUUGCUGCUCCCGAUGAACUUACUGAGCCUGUAUUCUGCCAAGCGAUAGACAGUGUGGACGGUGUGCGCGUGGGUUGCUCUCACAGUGCGGCGCGGCGUGGUGGCGAACUACAGCCGCUGGUGCGCGCUGGCCCCCGCACACCCUAUCUACUCGCCUGCCGCUUGCACACUGCGCAGCUCAGGAAGCAUAUGUGCUGCGCCGCCUGCGGACUAUUCUGUGCUCAGGGUAUCUUCUACCAGUGCUCUAAAGGCCACUUGUUCCACUUGGAGUGUGGCAUCCCGGGCUGUGAGCGUGGCGAGGGUAAGACGGGUGGGGGUGGGGGCGUGUCGGCGGGGGCGGGAUGCCCACACUGCGGUGUGCACGCAGUACUGUGGCAGCCCGCUAACAAGGACUGUGCCAGAGUGAAGAUCGACAUGCAUUGCAGUGGCAAGCAAGUAUACCUGCCUGAACAGAGGGAGCAGUCAAUACCAGCUUACAUAGGCUUUGGUGGGAUCAAUCCAGCUCUAAUUGAGCAAGGUCCUGUCAUCCCCGAGGAUCUGCUUCCAUCUCCCCCUGUAGACCUGAAGAGGCUGUGUGAGGAGACUGUUAGCACGGAAGAGGACGAGCCCAUUGAUAAAGUGGAACUACUACAUGACGCCAUUAUAACUGGAGAGGCGGCAGAACAGUUGAUACCUAAAAUUGUGUCAGCGAAGGGCGAAGGCCUAGAGUCUGCGCUGGGCGUGGCGGCGCGCUGGGGGCGUGUCGCGGCCGUGUACUUGCUGCACUUUGCUGGUGCUAAGCUGGACGCGCUCGACGCCGACAACCGCACGCCACUGCACAUCGCUCUCAAUGCACUGUUAGAUAAAUCUAAACCCACCAAGAGUAAUAACGAAACUGUUAAAAAUGAAGAAAAGCCAGAAGCAAUGGAAGUAGAUGAAAAGAACGGUAGUAAAGAAGAUAAAGAAGAAGACAAAGAUAUUAAAGAAGUAGAACAAGAAGAAGAUGAUAUAACGGAAAGUGACGUCAAUAAGCCGAGUGAUGAAGAUCUGAUGAAAGUUAUCAGAUAUUUAAUAGCUGCUGGAUGCGACGUUAACCUUCCGGGUCCUGAUGGUAUGACGGCGCUGCACAUGGCGGCGCAGCAUGGCGGGCUGGCGGCGUGCAGGCUGCUGCUGGAGGAAGGUCGCGCGCUGGUGGACGCACGAGACCACGGAGGCUGGACCCCGCUCGUCUGGGCCGCUGAGAACAGCCAUCCUGAUGUCGUCAGUCUGCUGCUGGAGUGGGGUGCGGAUGCUGCGGCGCGCGACGCUGAGGGCAAUGGCGUUGUACACUGGUGUGCGCUGCAUGGCGACGCGAACUCACUGCGUCUGUUGCUGCACGCUGCACCGCAUGCGCACGCGCACACCAACGCGCACGCAGACACACCACUACAUGUCGCGGCACGACAGGGUCAUUACGCCUGUGUAGUUAUGCUACUUGCUCGAGGUGCGAGGACCGAUGUGGAGAACUCUGGUGGUGAGCUGCCGGUGGAGGUGUGCUCGGGUCAGUGUCAGACUGCCAUCUCCCUCAACAUGCAGAUGGCGCUCGCCGUCUCAGAUAAACCCGUCCGCUGUAGACUGCUGUGCAACGAUAUAUCUAAAGGGCGCGAGCCGUUCCCUGUGCCUUGUAUCAACGAGGUGGACGAUAUAGCCGCGCCCGACGACUUCACGUAUGUCACUCGUCACGUUACACCCACACCCUUGCACCUCGACACCGCGCUAGCCACGCUGCAGGGAUGUAGAUGUGAGGGCAGCGAGUGUGUGUCGGGCGAGUGCGCGUGCGCAGCGCUGGGUGUGCGCGCCUGGUACCGCGCCGGACGUCUGCCGCGCACCUUUCCUUAUCACGACCCGCCCAUGUUGUUUGAGUGCAACCAGACAUGCGCCUGCAAUGCGCGUACAUGUGGUAACCGCGUGAUAUCGCGGCUGCAGCAGCUGGGCUCGCUGGGUGCGCGUGUUGCUGUAGUACGUACAUCUCGGUGUGGGUGGGCGCUGCGUGCGCUGCAACCGCUGCUCUCCGGCGCACCUGCAGCGCUUUACUGCGGCGAGCUGCUGCCGCACACUGCUGCAGACGCACGCGCACACGACCACUACAUGUUCGCUUUGGACCUCAAGCAGGAUCUCCUCGAUGAUGGCGGUGGUGGGGGUGAGAGAGGGGGCGAGGUCGCGGAGCAGCUGUGCGUGGACGCGGCACAGUUUGGGAGUGCAGCGCGCUUCAUCAACCACAGCUGUCGGCCAAACCUGGCGCCUGUGCGUGUCUUCACUGAUGUACGCGACCUGCGUCUUCCCAACGUUGCUCUUUUCGCACUUAGAGACAUCGCCGCCGGCGAGGAGCUCACUUUCGACUACGGAGACAAAUUUUGGUCGGUUAAGUCCAAGUUCAUGAAGUGCGAGUGUGACGCCCCGGACUGCAGAUAUCCCACCAAGUCUACAGAAGAAUAAAUACUUUGUAUUACUAUUUUCAAAUACCUUGGCGCAAAGAUAUCUAAAAACAUUUAUAGCAGCUUUUUUUUUAGUAUUUU